UUGGCAACUCCGAAAAUAGAGCGAGACGGCACCUCAUCGCGCUGGCGAUGGUUUCUGGCUCCUGGAGGACGCGGAGAGCGGCUCGGAAGCGCCUUCCCCCGGCCCCCGGCGCACCCCACCCCGCCGUGCACCCCGGGCUCUGCGGGCAAGCAAGCCCCGUCCGGGCUGUCUAGGGCGGCUGUGACCAUAGGAUUCAUCGGGUUGGUGAUUGUGGCCACCAUUGUCAUCACUCUCCCUGUCGCCUCAGUAUGGUUGGAAAAUUAUGCCAAAAGCAUCCAAAUUCUGGACUUGCCUCGACCUGGCGGGGGUGACUGGAGGCGGCGGCGGCAAGAGCCAAGCAUCGGAGGCGAGUGCAGUCUCUCAAGUCAGAACCCCGCAGCAUUUUCGCUCUGUCUGGCCCCUUGAAAACAAACCCGCUACCAGCCCAUAUAUUUCCUGGUAAUCGAAAAUACUCACCAGACCCAGCCUACUACGGUUAUUAAGCAAAUUAUGCCAGCAGACGGGAGUAUCGUUUGCAAGCUAAGGCACGGGAUAUAUACUUUUUUUUAAAGAGUAAACAGCCAGACGCAUUUGCAGCCUCGCGAUUUGGCUCGCCCAGAGAGGUUCUCCUAGGGUUAUGUGUUACGGUCCAAUCCCGGGAAGCCAACUGGAGAGGGAAGUCAUGAAGCGCCAGGGCUGCUGCCUAUGUGACUCUUCCCCUCGAAGCAAGGUUGCUGAGGAAGAUCCUGAUAAACAAUGGCUCAGCACCGGCGACCGAUUGUUCUCCAUACUGUACACCCGAUAGCCAUCAAAAAAGAAGAAGAAAAAAAAAAGAGGAAAAGUGGAAAAAAAGAAAAAAAAAAGAGAGAAAAACCAAACAAGAACACAAAGCCAAACAAACAAGCAACCAAACAAAAAAUACAAAGGAGCCCAUUGAGGCUGAGUUGGGAAGGAGAAACUAGUUUUGGAGAAAGUGCUAUUCCUAGGAAAAAAUCAAGACCCUCUGCUUCAGACUCCUGCUUGGGUGCAACUUCUUAUGCGGGGGCCUGACGGUGUCAAAACUUUGAAGAUUAAUGGAUUACUUUGUUAAUGACUCAAGGCGUCAGAUUGAGGUGCUUAAAUGAUUUGUGAGGUGCAAAGCGUUUUCCUGACAGUCCCAAACAAUGAGAGAAGAGUGUGCGGGUGGAUGCGAGGAAGGCAGCAGGCUGCAGGACAAGCAGCCACACACACACACACACACACAACACGCACACACACACACACACACACACACACACACACACACACACACACGCACACACACACACACUCUCGCAGCCUCUCUCACAAACAUAUCCACGCGCACGCACCCUACUCCCCACCCCCGAUCAUUUCAGAUUAGGACGCCAAGGGGAUAGAUACUCGAGAUAUCAUUUCCCCUUUUAAAAAAAAGUGUAAAUAAAGCCUUUCUGGCCCCCAAUGAGGCGUUCCUUCCCGACUUUUUUGGAUCAAUCAAACAGACAGUGGCUUCUUUUGAUUAAAGCCCAAAUUGUCAUUGGGCAGAGGCAAUCAUGUGACAGCCAAUUCGGUCCAAUUUCAACCUUGUCUCCAUGAAUUCAAUAGUUUAAUAGUAGCACGGUCCCCAUACGGCUGUAAUCAGUGAAUUAGAAAAAAAACACCCCACCAGCGAUCUUCUAUGCUAUAUUUUUUUUCUCCUCUCUCUCCUUUUUCCUGGGCCUUCCCCUCCCCCCGAGGCCCCUGAAUCCGAGGGAACUUUUUCUCCGCGGGGGCUGCCAGUUGAAGGCCAUGAAUUUCGCAUUUGAGCGAGAGAUCGGUUUUAUCAAUAGCCAGCCAUCGCUUGCUGAGUGCCUGACAUCUUUUCCCCCUGUCGGUGAUACAUUUCAAAGUUCAUCAAUCAAGAACUCGACGCUUUCACACUCGACACUGAUUCCUCCUCCUUUCGAGCAGACCAUCCCCAGCCUGAACCCCGGCAGCCACCCUCGCCACAGCGGCGGCGGUCGCCCCAAGGCGAGCCCCCGCGGCCGCAGCGGCAGCCCGGGCCCCGCCGGCGCCCCGCCGCCCCCGGAGUACCCCUGGAUGAAAGAGAAAAAGGCGUCCAAGCGAUCCGCGCUGCCACCCGCUUCGGCCUCCGCCUCAGCCGCUGGACCUGCCUGCCUCAGCCACAAAGACCCCCUUGAAAUCCCCGAUAGCGGUAGCGGUGGAUCUAGGCGCCUGAGGACGGCUUACACCAACACCCAGCUUUUGGAGCUAGAGAAAGAAUUUCAUUUCAACAAGUAUCUCUGUAGACCAAGGAGGGUUGAGAUUGCAGCCUUGCUGGAUCUGACUGAGAGACAAGUCAAAGUCUGGUUCCAGAACAGGAGGAUGAAGCACAAGAGACAGACCCAGUGCAAGGAGAAUCAAAACAGCGAGGGGAAAUUUAAGAACUUAGAGGACCCCGAAAAAGCAGUGGACGAGGAGGAAGAGGAGGAGGAGGAGAAAUCCCUCUUCGAGCAAGCCCUCAGCAACGUCUCCGGCGCUCUCCUGGAGCGGGAAGGCUACGCUUUCCAGCAAAAUGCCCUCUCCCAGCAGCAGGCGCAGAAUGCGCACAAUGGCGAAUCCCAAACUUUCCCCGUUUCGCCUUUAACGAGCAAUGAGAAAAAUCUGAAACAUUUUCAACAUCAGUCACCCACUGUUCAAAACUGCCUCUCAACAAUGGCCCAGAACUGUGCAGCUGGCCUGAACAAUGACAGUCCUGAGGCCCUAGAUGUCCCUUCUUUACAGGACUUCAACGUUUUCUCCACAGAUUCCUGCCUACAGCUUUCAGAUGCAGUUUCCCCCAGUUUGCCAGGAUCUCUGGACAGUCCCGUAGAUAUCUCUGCUGACAGUUUUGACUUUUUUACAGACACACUCACCACAAUUGACUUGCAGCAUCUGAAUUACUAAGAAAUUAAAGAAGUCCUCCCCAA